UGUAUUUGUCAUUCAGAGACAAAAAAAUGGCGGGUAAAUCACAACCCAAAUUUCUAUCCCCAGCGCAUUUUGAAGUUAAACCUCCGAAACCGUCCGUAAAAGGACAUCCUGUCAAGCUUCUAACCCCAGGACAGUGUGAGACCCAUAAGAAAAUCGACCCUAAGCCAAUGAUUGUGGAAAAACCGUUGAUAAAAACACCAGAGGCGAGGGAACUAGACGCUCUGAGAGAAGAGAUAAGACAACUUAGAAUUCAACUUCGAGAAGCAAAGGACAGAGGGUUUGAGCUGGAAGAAGAGAGUCGGAAGUACAAAGUCAGUUUACAAAGGAGUAGAGUUGGAGAUGCAAUUGAUUUGAGGCGGUUGGCUGAGGUCGAAGAGGAAAAUACCGUUUUGCAGGCAGAGAGUCGAAAACAGAUAUCACUAAUCAGCAAGCUUAAAAGUGACAUCAAAUCGAUCAAAGAACAACAUGACACAGAAGUGGAGAAACUGGAGAAGGAGACCAGCGAUUAUCUGGCGUCAUUACGUCAACUAAAGCAGGAGUUAAAAGAUAAGGAGUUAAAAUACGAAAAAGAUAUGGAAAGUCUUCGUGUCAGAUGCAAGAAGCAAGCAUGUUCAAUCAAAGAACUGAAAUCUGAGCUUUUAAAAGCUCAGGAUCAAAUUCAUAUCGAUAGAUCAGGAUUUGAGGAUAUUAUUCGUAAAAAUGAGUUUGUGAAGUAUCAAGAAAUAGAAAAGCUAGAACAGACCCUUAAAAAUUGCAAGAAACAGCAUUCAACAGAUUUGACUUCACUAUCUGGAAACUUAGCAGAAAAAGAUCAAGUUAUUGAGGCUUUGAAAAGGGGAAUCACAAAGAAAGAUGAAGAAAUUAAGGCUCUCAAAGAGAACACAGAAAAAAAUGAAAAGGAUUUAUUACAAACUGCUCAUGGUUAUAGAAGAGAGUUGGAAAAAAGUCAGGAAACUAUAGAACAGAAGGCUAUGGAGUUUGAAAGGAAUCGCCAGGAGUGGUCUGAGGUUCAUCAGACUGCCACGAGAGAGCAAAAGGAAAAACUAGAAUUAAAAGAGAGAGAACUUCAGGUACUCCAAGCAAAUAUAGAACAACUCAAGAAAUAUAUUGGGGAAAACCUACCAACCAUUCAGCAAGAACGACUUGAGAGUGAGAACAGAGAGCUCCAUGAAAAUGUUAUUACUCUUAUCAGAGAAAACAAGACUUUAAAAUCAAAUGCAGAGCUGGUGGACAUACGGUUGUCGUCUCUGAAUGAGAUCUUGACAAUCCAAGAGAAGGAGCUUUGUAAAGGAGUCAUGGAGGCUCAGGUGACCGAUAGGAGCUACUGCAACUUGUUAAACCGCUGGAGACAGAAGGUGUUUGCCUUACUGGUUCAACUCAAGGCACAGGAAGUAUCUCGCAGAAAAGACAAUGUAGAUGCUACUGAAAUGGUCCAAAGUCUAAGGCAGCAGGUGCAGUCAACACAGAAUGAGGUCAAAAUCCUGUCCCACACAAUAACAAACCGAGAAGCAGAGCUGAAAAUAGAAGCCAACAAAAUAGUGUCUCUCACACAUGAGUUACAGGAAGAGAAAUCAAAGGAGCAACAUGUGUUGGCUGCCAAUGAGAUGUACAAGAAAGCCAUUCAGACCUUGUUCGAGUCUGCGGAGUAUUGUAAGCCUAGCAUUCUUGAGCAGAUGGACAAGAUGAACAAAGCACUUGCCAAGAUCAGUGUUCUCUCACAGAGAAUUACCUUUGCUUCUGGACGGGUUCAAUUCUUACAAGACCUGGUAACACACAAAGAGGCUCAGUGGAAAAGAGAAGUUGCAGAAGCCCUUGAAGGCAAACCUGAUGAUAGUGAAAAGGAUGUUCCUGAAGAGAGUUCAUUAGCAUACCAACAACUUGUGUCUGAGGUAAAACAGCUCACCAGAGAAAGAGAUAUGUUAGCAGCUAGGGUGACCAAAGAGGGACACUUGAUUGACAGCAAGGUUUCUGCCGUCAGGGCAGAGUAUGAAGAGAGGCUGGAUAUGUUGGCUUCCAAUAUGUCUCAGGUGGAGUCAGAACUAAGGGAAGAAAGAGAACACUCAUCUAGUCUUAGAGAGAAAAAUGAGGCCUGUCUCAGUGAGUGCAAGGAAACAUCAGAGGAGAUAGAGCAACUGAAGGUUGAUCUGGCAAAAUAUAAAGAAGCUGCGGAAAAAGGUCAACUUACAUAUCUAGAUAAGGCUCUUUCUGAGGAGCGUGCAAAGUUCACUGAGGAGUAUGCGAAGCUUGAGAAACAAUUCAACGAUGCCCGCCGGGAGCAUAUGAAGGCGGUAGUGUCGCUACGACAAGCUGAGCGUCAGCUGGCGAGGGAAAAGGAGAAAGGCAAGGAACAAAUAGCACAGAAGCAGAAGGACUUCGACACUCAUAUGGAUAAAUACAAGGCUCGGAUGAAGGGAGUUGAACAGGAACGGAACAUGCUGCUUGCUACAGUGAGGCAGGAAGGACUCAAGCCUCUAAGACAACCUAUGUUACAACACUCCUCAGGAGAAGAAUCUGAAAAUGCAGACAAAGAAAAUCAAGAAGUCCCUUCUGCAAUAAAGCCUGCUCCUAAGCAGCGGCCUUCAGCCAAAGAGACCAGAAAAUGCAAAAGAAAAGCGCUGGGAAAGCCUUUAAAAGCAGGCCUUUUUGAAGACAAGAAACAAGGAGUAGGCACUCAUUCUAUGGUUGAUGUGUUGAAAGACUUACAAUCUUUGUCUGCAGCCAUCCUUCUAGAUGACGAUGAAAAUGGGGAAAAAGGGUAGAGAGAUUCAAAAUGGGAUGAGAUUGCAUUGAAUUAAAGUGUUUUCGUAAAUGUU